CGCGGAGGUCACGAAUAUGCUAAUGAGCAUUCCGAGGUUGUCAGUUUCACGUGCGGCGACAACCAAGGGAAUAUGCUGAUAAAAGAUGGUUGUACUGCAGGAUCGGAACUAAAAUAAUUUCUUGGGCAGUCAGGAGGACUGAUUUGACAAAAUGGAACUAAAAUACAAACCAUCUGAAUGAUAUAUCUGACAUAGCAAACCAUAGUAGCCAUAGUAACCGCAAGACAGCAUGGAGAAGCAUUACUCAGUUAAAUUCUUUUCCUCCUUCCUGGAAAGUCUGCAGAAUUUGUGCCAAGAACACUUAAACUUUGACCAGAUUGUGGAAGUAAGUGGCUAUGUGUGUGUGGAGAUUGACAAUGCCAAGAAGGAACGUUAUGUUCUCAGUGAACUGCUGCAGCAAUGUGGUAAUGUCAUUAGCGAGAGCUACUGUACAAAAGCUUACAAGAACUUGCCCAUAUCUGUGAGAGGAAAGGAAAAGGUCAGCUCUUCUGAAAAAACUAAGUCAGAUAUAAUAGAGGAUAAGGAGAACAGGACACAAUGUCAACCAAUGAGAGACUCGGACGACGAAGUUAUUAUAGCGCUAGAUACCCCACCCCAGCCAAAAAGAAGGAAGUCAAAUUCAACCACUGUACCAAAAUCAGCCAAAACCUCUAUUGCAGUUACUAAUACUGGAAAAAGUCCAGCUAAAAGUAUCAAUAAAAAAAUAGAAGAUUCAGCCAAUAGGUGCAUUCUUGGAAGGGUUGCAACGAUGACAGAAGACUAUACACAAAGAGACUCUGGUGGUAUAGGAAUUGAGUCCAGAAGUAGCUCAUUCCUUGAGUCGGCAGCCAAGUUACAUUCAUCCAGCACACCACAUUCUCCAGACAAGGAGUCCUUUCAUGACUUCGUCAGCAGUGUAGUGGAGUCACUUGGUACACCCACCAAGAGUCCGCCAUCUGGUAGUUCAAAUGAGAACAGCUAUGGCGGGGAAGACAGCGAGGACACAUUUCCGGAUCUUUCUCUUGUCCCAAAGAAAAUCUCAAGAUCUGCCUCAUCGAAGUCUUCUUCUGUGACAGGUCAGCCUGUUGUAGAUAUUCAGUCAAGUCUUGCCUCAACUUUGUCUCCAUCAACUCCGGAGCCAUCUUUGUCUCUAACAGGCCUCUACAUGAAGUCAAAGACAUUGGGCCUGUCUUCUAAGAAAUCACCAAAGACAUCAUCAGAUUCUUCUUCUCCACCAUCCUUGGAACAGCCAGAGAGGAUGAACGUCUCCAGCCUGCGUCAUCUUGUUUCCAAGUCAAAUGAAGACCAGGCCCUACUGCAGCACCGCAGGGCGGGGACGGAGAUGGACAUCCCUCCUGGGCAGCCCUACAUAGAGCUGCUGGAUGAAGCCAAGGAGGAGGAGGAUGGAGAUGGAGGAACAGCUGGCCUACAGAUUCACACGAACGACCAUGGCAACACAGGAAUCCAACACUCCACCAGCACAGACCACAGUGAACCCUCCACCUCCUACUCAGGUGUUGAAGUACCCUGCACAGUUUCCUCCUCCCUGAUGCUGGAGGUCGGCAGCAUCUCCGCAGUGACGUCAAUAGACGAUGUGGACUCUGCUAAUUCCCAAGUCUCGGAUGACACCAACAAUCAGGAGGACAACAUUGAUGAUAACAUGGACAGUCCGAUCAUCAUCGACCUUGAUUCUGAGGACGAAGACGAAGAGGACUUUGUGCCUGGCGGGGAUGCUGACCCUUUCUCAAGCACAGAGAUAAGGAAGCUGGACUCAUUCAAAGAUUAUGUCAGAUUUGCAGUAAAACGAUUUCAGAGUUUCAUCAAGGAGAAGGGUGUUAAUGAUCCAAUGUUUAGGAUUCCUCCUGACAAGUUAGAUCCACUCCUGGCUGAAUUUUAUGUUACUGUUCGUAAUCUUCGUGGACAAGAGUUUGGUGUAAGUACACUGAAAAGUAUCCAGUCAUAUCUAGAAUUGUAUUUGAGGGAAAAUGGCUAUCCUGUGUCCAUCACAAGGGAUACAGAGUUCCUAAACUGUCGUUCGCUGCUGCAGACCAAAAUUCAACAACUUCGUCAGCUUCAACAGCCUGACCCUGACCCUGCACUGACCAUAAGCCCACUGACGAGACGAGAUGUUGAUAAGUUGUUCCGGACAGGGCAGUUAGGCGGUAGUUCGGCUGAGUCACUGAGCAACUCGGUGUGGUUCAUGAACUCUGUGAUGUUCAAACUGAACCAGACCAGCUCUCAUACCUCCCUCAAGUGGGGAGACAUUGUUAUAAAAGUGGAUGAAUAUAAGAACGAAUAUUUACAACUGGUGUCUUCCAAUAGCUCCAGUUGGGAAAAUGUGAAUGACAAAGUGUAUCCCAAUAAUGCGAAUCCAGAUCGUUGCUUUGUUUCGAUGUUUAUGAAGUACCAAAGAAUGCGACCACCGUCUAUGCUGGCAAAGAAAUCCCCAUUCUAUUUGAUGGUGGACAGAGAAAUGGACUGCUUAAAGAAAGAAAAGAUGAGUUUCCAGAUGUUGAGCAGUAUCCUGAGAACCAUGCUCAUUCAGGCUUUCAUAAAGUCCGACAAGAAGAUACUGACCUAUGACAUCCUGUGAUGAAAAUAUGUCCGAGUUGGUUUAUCUUAUGAUAAAAUGGUCAUCCGAUAGGAAAUGGCAAUCUCAUCUAAAUUGGCAUCUAAUUGUUAAUAAUAUCAACACAUCAUCCAUCCUUCAGUACGAUAUAUGUAUAUUCAUUGAGUCUGAACAGUUACCAUGGCAACAAUGAUUUCAUUUUUGUACUUAAACUAAAUGUUGUACUUGAUCACCUACAAAAAGUGCAAUGGCCACUGCCACUGGUGAAAUGGGAAGAAUGGUUGUAUGGUGUAGCAGAGGCCAUGCUUCAUUAUAAACUGCCCCGGGAUGCAAUGUUCCAAAUAUGUUGGCUCGUGGCAGGUAGAUAUCAUAUAGGGCCCAUUGUAUCCUUUUUGUAGUGCUCCUAAUAGCCUGCAGUAAAUGUAUGUUUCAAUUUAUGUGUCACAAUAAGCUGCAUUUUUGUAAGUGAAGGCCUGAAUUGUUUAGUGAGGACCUGCAGUUUGUGUGGGUCUGUGGGUCCUGAUGGCAUGAGCUCCCUCUGACACCCGAGUGGAAGGUUGUCAUGGGUGCGGUGUUAUUAUCAACAGAUUGUAACUCUUCCAAUACUAAAGUUGUGGAGAAACUUGACAUCCAGCAUCCAUUCUAAUGGAUGUACAUGUAUCUUCUCAAUUAGUGGCAAACACUCAUGGGCUAUCUGUAUUAUUUUUGUGUUUCCCAUUUUUUCUUCAGAGUGAGAGGUUGGUAGGAAGAAAAACCAAAAACAGAGAAAAAGACCUGCCUUUGGUUUACAAUACAAUUGAUGUAUUGCCUAUUUUGUAAGAAAUGUGAGAAAUAGUAUCCCAAUUUGAAGUAUUGACCACAAGAGAUACAACUGGCUGUGAAGUUUGAAUAUUUUCUAAAUGCACAUGUACUCACUAACUCACAGCACCAGUUUUGGGGUACCACUAUUUAUGUGUUGUGUAAUGGUUUCCGCACAGUGUUGACAGCUGAAAGGAACAGAGUAUAGGCAGAGUUACUUCCCUUCUUUAUUUUUCCUUCCGACAUCAACAAUAUUACAGAUGGCCUUAGUUUGAAUACCACAUUCAACCCAAUAACAAUCCCAUACAAUUAGGUUAGUUACAAGUCAAAUCAGGCAUUAAUAUGGAUACCACUGGUGAGGUUAGUUACAAAACAAAUCAGGCAUUAAUAUGGAUACCACUGGCAAGGUUAGUUACAAGUCAAAUCAGGCAUUAAUAUGGAUACCACUGGUGAGGUUAGUUACAAGUCAAAUCAGGCAUUAAUAUGGAUACCACUGGUGAGGUUAGUUACAAAACAAAUCAGGCAUUAAUAUGGAUACCACUGGCAAGGUUAGUUACAAGUCAAAUCAGGCAUUAAUAUGGAUACCACUGGUGAGGUUAGUUACAAGUCAAAUCAGGCAUUAAUAUGGAUACCACUGGCGAGGUUAGUUACAAAACAAAUCAGGCAUUAAUAUGGAUACCACUGGCGAGGUUAGUUCUGAUAUUGUUACCAUCAGUUCUUUGUCUAUGCAUUCUUUCCAUUCUUUUGUUUUAAGUGCAGCAAUAGCAUAUUUUGGCAGUAUGUAUGUAUGUAAAAUGACCUUGGCCAGACCACGUGUACAGUAUUGUGUACAGGUCAGACUACAUGUUGUACAUCCAUCCUCACUGAUUGAUUGAUCCAGGCAUUUGAAUAUGUUAAAGGAAACAGUAAAUAAAUCCUACUUUUCAUAGUUAUUUAAUAAGAUAAGAGUUAAACGUAGAACAUUCAUUUUUAUAAUGUUUUCAGUUACUCCCUAUCUCAGGUGUUAAUGUCCAGGAGAGACCGCCUCUGUGGUCUAGUUGUAGAGCGUCCGCCCCAAGAGAAGAAGGUCCGAGGUUUGAUUCCUGGCUGCGUCAUACCAAAAGACUCGUCAUUAAGGGGCUAAAACAAGGAUUGAUCAGCUCGGACUCAGUAUACUGUUUCUGAGUGGGGUACUCAUCUUAAACUGCGGCAUGGUAUCCCAGUGUGCUACCAAUAAAAAUCAUCAUCACUCCAGACUAGUACAAGCAGACGUUAAACCCCAUUGCACCUCACCUAAUGUCCUGGAUGCUUUGUAACACUACACAGAAUGCAGAAUGGUUUAGUUCCUGGUUGUGGCGGACCAGAGAAGUCUUAAAAUCAUUAAAUUUGGGCAAAUUAAUUUUAUUGUGGGCAAGUGAAGAGUCAAUAUAUACUUGCACUGUGUAAAAUAUGUUUUGGGGCAAUUGUUUAACUCUAUCGAGCCAGGGUGGGGUGCCUGUCACUACACUUGAGAUUGGGAUUUCUUAUACAGAGAAGGGGGCUUAUUAGGUAGAAUACAGUAUGAUGAUGUUUACACAUUGUUUAAUAUAUAUCUCGUAAUAUAUAUGUCUGCAUGGAGGCUGAUCGUGCAGUGAAAGAACGUGUCCAGAUGAUCCACAUUGUUACCCUCACAUCAUUAUGUGUAAUGUGUCAUGCCCAGUGACUUUCAUCAUUGUUACCUUGGGGUGGGAAACAGCACAGCCAGUCUCUGUGUGGGCUUUAUGCCUAGUUGCAUUUAUCUUAUAGUACCAAUGAUUUUCUUCUGAAACACCAACACAUGGGGAAACCCCUGUCACAACAUUCUGGGAACGUCAAUCAAACACACUUUACAUCAAGUUAUGGAACUUAAAAGUUGUUCCUAAUAGGUGACCUCAUUUGCAUAUUUACCGGAUCAUGAUAUCAAGUUUUGAUAUCGGUUAAUUAAGUCGAUAUUACUAUCCAUUAUAGGACAGAAAUAGGAUUCUGGUGACAACAGAGGGCAUGUUGUUGCCCUGUACGUUUCAAGUAAGUAUUCAUGUGGACAGUACUUGUUAAUGUUGUGUCAAUUAUAUAUGAGAGUGUGAUUGAAGUUGUCAUAGCAUAAGCUGAUGGCUUUUUUAUCUGAAGGUACAAUACCUCAUAUGGACUAUCAUAACUUUGUAGUGAGCUUUGAAAUCAAAAUCUCUAUCUUAUUUAUUUCAACUAAAAAUCUGGUUUGUACUUUUUACUGUAAGAUUUUUUUUGUUCCCUUGAUGUUUUCGUGGUUUCUCAGUGUAAUGAUGUUUUUUAAGUCAACACAAUAUGCCAAGUAUCUUCACAGAAUCUUCCAUUAAAAAGUGUUUUUUCCUGAAUUUGUUUCUGUAUUUUUACAAAAAAUUCAAGUAUACAGAUUGUUUCAUAUAUGAAUUAAAUCUACUGGGUAAUAACUUUUUAAUAUAUUACCAUAAUGUAAUCUUUGUUUUGAUUGGUCAGUUGAACAUUCUUAUUGUUCAUGAUGUCAUAUUGCUGCUGUGUGUAGAACAAUGUGGAACUAGAAACUUAUGGUAAUAGCUUAUCUGUCUCUCUUGAGGGAAUGUUGAACAGAAUCUCGCCAAAUGCUUGUGAAAUACUUCCCUUAAUUUAUGGCUGAGAACUAACACCAUUCAAAAAGGAGCAUGGGGGCCAGCAGUCAUCUUAGGUGCAACAAUUCACUGUGCAGAGUUGCUUCCCUUGGGCAUGCCUGAAACCUAUGAUCCUGUGUUCAAAUCCUGUGUCUUGGUUUGUCACCACCAUACCAAUGCUCGUGGGUUUCACCAAAGUGAUAAACGUCUCAGACCUGCAUCACUUUUUGGGCUUUUCUCACACAUUAAGCUGAUGCAGUGAUAUAACUGGAAUACUGUUUAAGGCGGCAUUAAACUCACUCACUCACUGUCUCACUCAUUCAACAACCAGGAAAGUUAAUCCAUAAUCCCUUUAAUCAGGUAUGUGUAUAUGUGGUGACACCCAAUUUUGUGGUUGUGAAGAACUAGGCUGAGUAUUGGUGCAGCUGUUGAAAGACAUGGAGCCAGUUCUAAACUACUUUCUGACAUUCACAGAUCUCCAUAGACUGCUAUCUAGUGGCUCUUUUAGACUGGUUUAUCGAUUGUGAACUUCAAGAUGAAUCUGUCAUUGCGUCAUAUCAGAAAUAAAUGUUUGCGUAAAGCUGAAUCAUUUACAUCACUGACAGCUAUAUAAACAGAUGCAUUUUGAGAAAAUUUACAAUUGUUUGAAGUGAUUUCAUGUGAUUUAUAUCGAACAUGGAAUAUUUAAUCUAUUUUAGAUAACUUUUAACACGAAGAAAGUUUUUUUGUUUUUUAAAUAUGUUUCUACGUGUCUUUAGUGCUGGCUUCAUUUUGAAUGAACUUGUAAACUGUAAUUACAGUUUUCAAUGUUUGAAGUAAAUGUUUAUUUAUAAUACUCAAAACAUUGUCUUGUCAUAACCAGUAUGCUUGGUGGGUUUGUGUGCUAAUAUGAACAGUUUAUUGUUCAUGACGCUCGUCUUCCUGUGAUUCUCUUGUUUUGACAUACAUGUAUGUCUGAAUAUAAUAAA